UUUAUUUAUCUAUUCAUCCACCCACUAUCAGUAAAACAACCCGUAAGUGCGUGCGCGCGUCGCAAACGCGUCACCAUGGCAACGCAGCCUGCCACCUGAGACCUCGUUCUGAGGUACUUGCACGCCGCCAUUUUGUCACCAAACUCCUGAAGUGGAUAAAAAAACACACGGUUAUCUGAAUAAUGCUGGUUAAAAGCAGAAAACAUCACAACGGUCUGAUAACCCUCCACAAACCUGUCCCACCAUGUCUGCUGCAUGAAACGACUUCCAGAGAUGUUGGGAAAGAAGUAGUGGAGUCUCCAUGUGUUAGAAGUGUGAGUCAGAAAUCCACCAAGGUCAUUAAAGACCCAGGCAUUAAGAAGGUGCACACUGUCCCUUCCUGCUCAGUAAAACAACAACAGGACAAACUCCUUGUGGAAAAGCAGGAAGCAGAUGCCAUCACGAAACCUCUUCUGGACAACGAGAAUGGAUUUGUUAAGGAUCUGGAAGGUUUCCUCAAGCACAGAGACAUGCAGCAUGUGAGAAAGCAUGAGCUCCUGCACAAGCGCUGGACAGAUCGUGUGUGGUGGCCAGUGCAGCGCAGCAUCGAACGCCACUUUAUACGCCGACGUCACGAAGGCUCGAAGAAGAGGCACUCGGGCGACAUCGUCUACAGCGCCAAGGUCAACACCGCUCCCUUGGAGGAUCCACUGUUUCUCCACUCACGUUCAAGAACGAGGGAGAAGAAAGCGGUUCUUCACUGCUUGACAGCAUUUGACUUCACAGGAAGCACGGAUAGCUCUCCUUGGGUGACGUCAGAAGAAGAACAGAGCAGGAACAAGAGAAGCAGCAGGAACCAAAGCCUCAUUUGCAUGACCGUCUCAGAUGGGCGGUGCUUCCGGCCUGAAUGCUGGUCCUCGAUUGAUCUAUCUCGCAGAUGUUCGGCAAAGUCAUGGGAUGACGGCGCAUCCUCGACCUCAUCCAGCACUGACAUGGGAACGUUUUUUUUUCUUUCAGGUUGAGGUGCAUUCUUUCUGUUUUAUGGCUAGUAAUGAAAGUUAAUAGAAAAAAGGCUACAAGUUGUUAUUAGUAUUGUUAUUAUUAAUAUCAGUAGUAGACAUAUUGCGCAGAUCGAAUCCCAUCGCUUCGGAAUAAAUGGUUAACAUUUGUUCAGACGGUGGAAAGUAAAUCACUUACAAUUUUUUUUUUUUUUUACAAUAAUUAGUUUAUUCGGCUGCAGUCUUCAUUGAUAAAACAAAUCGCAAAGCAAAC